AACGACCGCGCGCGCGCACAGGUGCUGUCCACGCAAGCCCACGCGCACAAGGCGGAGAUGGAACGUCUGAAUGAGCGAGCGAGCAGGUGGAAAUUCGCUGAGAACAACAAGCAUCGCGCACCGGGAGAGGUUGACCUUCAUGAUCUGCACGUGAAGGAGGCCAUCGCCUACACAGAGCGCGCGGUUCAAGAUGCGCGCCACCGAGGGGACACGAAGAUCAAUCUCAUCGUCGGUAAAGGCUUGCACUCGCGGAAAGGCGUUGCUAAGCUCAGACCCGCCAUCAAGAAACUGCUAGAGACGCAAGGGCUGGUGGUUGACCUAGACCCGAGGAACUCCGGCGUCCUCAUUGUCAACCUCGACGGCCGGCCGACUGACACGGACUCUGUGCUCAGUGUCGACGAGAUAUUGUCCCGCUUCGAAUACGAAUACUAGAGACGAAGAACGUGAGUACCGCCAUG